GUAACAAAGACCCUGAUGGAAACACGGCGGCGACUUGAGCAGGAGAGGAUGAUGCAGGUCACGCCUGGAGAUGUCCGCAGGCCCCGGCUUUCCAGCUUUGGAGGCAUGGGCUCCACGAGCUCCCUCCCCUCUUUUGUGGGAUCCAGUGGGUAUGGCCAUGUGUCUCAGCAGCUGCAGAACGGGUAUCAGGGGAACGGCGACUACGGUGGCUGCUUCAGCCCCUCCUUGGGCAGUUCCAUUCGUCACAGCCCCAUGAGCUCGGGAAUAUCCACACCGGUCACCAACGUGAGCCCAGUGCAUCUGCAGCACAUCAGGGAGCAAAUGGCAGUUGCCCUCAAGCGUCUCAAGGAGCUCGAGGAGCAAGUCAAGACCAUUCCCGUGCUGCAGGUCAAAAUAUCAGUGUUGCAGGAAGAGAAGAGGCACAUGAUGGCUGAACUCAAAAACCAGAGGAAGGCCACUCAAACUGACACGUACGGUUUCAGAAAGCGGUCCUACAGUGCAGGAAAUGCAGAGCAGUGGGAGCACAUGUCUCAAGUGAGAAGAGGCGGAGAACUCUAUAUAGAUUGUGAGGAGGAGGUGGAGAGCAUGGAGCAGAGCUCUCAGAGGAUAGAGGAGUUCAGGCAGCUGACUGCUGAGAUGCAGGCCCUGGAGAAAAAAAUCCAGGAUGGCAGCUAUGAAAGUCCAGCAGCCCUUCGGGUGAAGAGAGAAAGCCUGACAAAAGAAACCCGAUCUGUUGCUGUGGGUGCUGAUGAGAACAUGAACGAUGUGGUUAUAUACAACAGAUCUGUGAGGCAGCACAGAGAAGUAGCGGUGGGGACAGAGAAAGAAAUGAGGGAGUCUGGGGUUGGGGUAACAGAGGCCAUGCUUGGCUUGUCUACGGAGGUUGAGAAAGAGAUAGAGCUUCAGCAGCAGACCAUUGAAGCCCUUAAGGAGAAGAUUUACAGGCUAGAGGUUCAGUUAAAGGAAACGACCCAUGACAGGGAAAUGACCAAAUUAAAACAGGAGCUGCAGGCGGCUGGCUCUAGGAAAAAAGUGGAUAAAGCCACGAUGGCUCAGCCCCAUGUCAUCAGCAGGAUGGUGGAGGCUGUCGUACAAAUGAGAGACCAAAUGGUGGGAGACCAUGUGGAUGUUGCUGAUUCCUCGGUGGGAAACCACCUGCAGACAAGCAGCGUUGGCACCUCCUGCCGACCUGCUGUGCGGAGCGCAGCUGCCGGCCCUGAGCUGCUGAUGAGCCGGUGGCUGGUGCGGGAGAGGGUGGAGGUGCGAGACCAGGGCACGGGGAGGUCGGUUGAGCUGCGUGAUAAGGCGGUGGGCACGGAGAUGAGCGUCUGUGAGAUGGGUGUCAACACGGAGGAGCCAGCAGGCGCUCUGAGCUCCAGCCGGCCGGUGCAGCUGGGGGGAGCAGUGAGGUCUGUGGGCUGCGGAGAUUGCUCGGUGGAUGUGGUGGUUUGCACCCCCAAGGAGCGUGUGUCCCGUGAAACGGCCACAGAGGCUGUGCCCAGGGCGGAGGCGACAGUGAUGGCUGUGCCUUCUAUGGCUAACCGGCAAACCAGCACCGCGUUGGAGAUGGUGAGCCAGUGCACUGGCACGGAUUCAGCCUCCCUGGCAGACUGUGGGACAAACACCUCUCUGAGCAGCUGCGAUAAACAGACCAACACGGAGAGCAUGGAGAUGCGGAGCGUGGCAGUAGGAGAUGGCCGGGUGAAGGACAUACACAUGUCUGCUAAAACACGUUCGGUUGGAGUGGGCACCUUGCUCUCUAGCCACCCUGGCUUUGAAAAGCCCUCUGCAGUAAAAACCAAAGACUGUGGUGUUGGACAGAUAAACGUUCAUGAGAACUACCUGGUUGGUCUUAAAAUGAGGAGCAUUGCCUGCGGACCCCCUCCGUUGCCGGUUGCGCCGGCUGGCACCAGGAGCAUCGGUGUUGGUGGAGAGCCUGUGUGCGAGGCGGUGACUGGUCUGCUGGAAAGCCCUUUGCCUCCGCCUGAGCUGAGGACGGGCUUGGAUCACUACAUCGAGCGUGUGCAGAAGCUGCUGCAGGAACAGCAGAUGCUGCUUGCUGAAAAUUACAGUGAAUUGGCAGAAGCCUUUGGGGAGCCCCACUCCCAGAUCGGAUCUCUCAAUUCUCAGCUCAUCAGCACCCUCACCUCCAUCAACUCCGUCAUGAAAUACGCCAGCACGGAGGAGCUGCGGAGCCUGGACCUCCAGAAGCAGUGUGUGGAGAGAAGCGCCCCGUCAGGUGCUACUUUGGAGUACAUCCCUCACGGUCAACUUGCAAACACCCACUUAACUUCAAAUUUGCGAACGCUGAAAUUGGAGCAGGACAUUGUGCCUGCUCAGGAGGAGAGGAAGACUCCCCUGGUGGAAGCUGUUCGGGGAAGGAAGUCCUUUUCUUCUCAGGACAAAACCCUAGCUCCAAUUAACCUGACAGAUGACCAGCUUGCCUCUGGCCUCUAUGUAUGUACUAAUAGUGAAAACACACUCAAAUCUAUCAUGAAGAAGAGGGAUGGGAAAAAGGAUUUGAGCAACACCAAGAAGAAUCUGCAGUUUGUCGGCAUUAAUGGCGGGUACGAGACGACAUCCAGCGAUGACUCCAGCUCCGAGGAAAGCUCCUCCUCGGAUUCAGAGGAGGAGUGUGAGGGCCACGAGUACCCUCGCAGCCGGCACACAGAGGAGGGGCAGCCCAUGUCCCACGCCCCAGAGGUCUGUGCCAUGGGGGCAGAGAAGGACAGCCCUCCCCCGGAAAGCGAGGCCGAGGAAGUGGAAAUCAGAGAGAGAUACGAGCUAAGUGAAAAGAUGCUGUCUGCCUGUCACCUGCUGAGAAACAACAUCGAUGACCCCAAGGCAUUGACCAACAAAGACGUGAGGUUUUGUUUAAAUACCAUCCAGCAUGAGUGGUUUCGUGUCUCAAGUCAGAAGUCGGCUGUCCCUGAAAUGGUUGGAGACUACAUAACUGCUUUUGAAGAGAUUUCUCCUGCUGUCCUCAGACAUAUCAUCAAUAUGGCGGAUGGAAACGGAAACACGGCUCUGCAUUACAGCGUCUCACAUUCUAACUUUGAAAUUGUAAAGCUUCUUCUGGAUGCAAAUGUCUGUAAUGUAAAUCAUCAGAACAAGGCCGGCUAUACCCCCAUCAUGCUUGCUGCACUUGCAGCUGUGGAAGCAGAGAAGGACAUGAGGAUAGUGGAGGAACUGUUCAGCUGUGGGGAUGUGAAUGCUAAAGCCAGCCAGGCUGGUCAGACUGCACUGAUGCUAGCUGUGAGUCAUGGGCGGAUAGACAUGGUUAAAGCUUUACUGGCCUGUGGUGCAGAUGUCAAUAUCCAGGACGACGAGGGCUCUACAGCUCUGAUGUGUGCUAGUGAACAUGGACAUGUAGAGAUUGUCAAACUUCUGCUGGCGCAGCCUGGGUGUAAUGGCACCCUGGAGGACAAUGAUGGCAGCACAGCACUUUCAAUAGCCCUGGAAGCUGGACAUAAGGACAUAGCGGUUCUCCUAUAUGCACAUGUCAACUUUUCCAAAACCCAGUCACCGGGCACUCCUAGGCUUAGCAGAAAGACAUCUCCUGGUCCCACCCACAGAGCCACGUUUGAGUAG